GGUGGGUAGGGCGAGUCAUAUGACCCGCUGGGCUUCCUGGCUCUGGCCAUCGCAGCAGCCCGCUUGUGUCCGCCCGAGUCGCGCCGGGGGGCCCGCCGAGGAGCCGUUGGCGGGUUCGGGGCCGAUAUCCGCUCGUGGGAAGCAGUGUCCGCUGUCGUCCGCGCCUGUCCUCGCUCUCUGCCGGCCGCCGCCAUGCUGGCGCUCAUCUCCCGCCUGCUGGACUGGUUCCGUUCGCUCUUCUGGAAGGAGGAGAUGGAACUGACGCUCGUGGGGCUGCAAUACUCGGGCAAGACCACCUUCGUCAAUGUCAUCGCGUCAGGUCAAUUCAGUGAAGAUAUGAUACCCACAGUGGGCUUCAACAUGAGGAAAGUAACUAAAGGUAACGUCACAAUAAAGAUCUGGGACAUAGGAGGACAACCUCGGUUCCGGAGCAUGUGGGAACGGUAUUGCAGAGGAGUCAAUGCUAUUGUUUACAUGAUAGAUGCUGCAGAUCGUGAAAAGAUAGAAGCCUCUCGAAAUGAACUCCAUAAUCUUCUAGAUAAACCACAGCUACAAGGAAUUCCGGUACUAGUACUUGGAAACAAGAGAGAUCUCCCAAAUGCCUUGGAUGAGAAACAGCUAAUUGAAAAAAUGAAUCUGUCUGCUAUUCAGGAUAGAGAGAUUUGCUGCUAUUCAAUUUCUUGCAAAGAAAAGGAUAAUAUAGAUAUCACACUUCAGUGGCUUAUUCAACACUCAAAAUCCCGAAGAAGCUGAGACAUCCUCUGACGUCUUCCAGUCCUUCUUGGCUAUAAUCAAUCCUAGAACUACUGUCCGUUCCUCUGAAGUACUUCCCAGAACAUGGUCCUUCCUAAACCCAAGAAAUUGCCUUUCUCAGAGUUUCUUUCUCAUGUGCACUGCUGAAGAUGUCUAUUCCUAUUCUUCAUAACAAAUCGGCUCGAGUUGUCAUGAUAAAGUCAGCACACACUAAAAGGCCUCACACACUUGUCUGGUGUGGAGAGGCCCUCUUUCCUUUCUUUUUUAAAAAAACACCCACAUUUUUGACCAUCAUAAAGUAAGAAAAUUGCAUAUUGCCCUUCUGGUCUUUCUGGGCCAGAUUUUUGUAUUGGUUUUCAGUAAAUGUCUACCUAUUUCAUUACAGAGUCCAGUAGCUUAUACUGGUACUGACUUGAUGCAGCAUGGAAUUCCUAGUGCCACACACAGUAUUUAGAAAAACUUCAAGCCUGACUCAUGUGGGAUAUAAACAUGUUUAUCUCAUCCCACACAUGCAUGUGAAAUGUAGAGUUACACUGUAGGAAUAAUUGGUCUGCCAAGAGUUAGCAGAGGUACCAGGUCAGCACAGUGGGUUCCUUACACUGGAAGACUUCCUACCUGGUAAAUUUUAAACAUUCUGCUUUCUGGGACUCCUUUGUCACCAGAUAGCAUUUGGGGAGAUGGGAAGAGUUACAACAUGCUCUUUUGUAUCCAGAUCAUUAGUUUUCUUCCCCCUUUUAACACACUUUUUUAAAGGGAUGGGAAUUGAAGAUUUUUUCAAAAGCUUUCAUGAAUUUAGAGCAUUCCAGCUCGCGUAAUAAACCCGUUAAGCGUGUCUGACUUUGUGUGAACACAUGUCUGUUCUUUGUCUCCAGACAUCCGCCCUGUGCUACUGCAUGACACCUGUAACUCCUGACUCUUUAUAUCUAGUCAUGAAGUUGACUUUCAGCACAAAGGAUACUUAGAAACAAAUUCUUAUUUUUUCUUACCAAUGUAAGGCUUGGCACUCUUUUCACUGGUGCCACUAGACUUCUUGAUUGUGACAACUCUAGACCUGCCUGCUUAAUCUAAUCAUGCGCAAUGUCUACAGGUUGUUUAAUGAUUGGCCACGCAGAGAACUGAGGAACCAGUGCUGUUUAUUGUUUGCUUCUAUGAUACAGAGCUGUACAAAAACUUACACUGAACAUAUUUUGUAGCUUAGCGAUCUCCACUUACAUAAAGGGACAUAUUAAUACUGGUUCAUUUGUAAGUUGUUACUCAUGCUGAUGUAGUGAUAAAACCCUGUGGUUACACCUGCUUCUAUGUUGUCUCACACUGUGUGUGACUUGUCUCUUCUGUUAAGCAGCACUAUGUCGGCAGUACAUACUCAGAUAUGUUGAGCACUCCAAGUGUAGUCAACAGUAAGUUCUUUUAAUGAAUACCGUUUUAAUUUAUAGACUGCCACGGCCUUAAAAAUAUUCUGUACAAAUAACUGCACUGUGUUGCACAGACACUACUUGUUUUCUUCAUUCAUAUUUUUAUUGAGUAGAAUCUGGGCUUUACAGUUCUCGUUUUAUUCAUGGAAGCAUGUUGCACUCUUCCCAGAGGAUGGGAUGGGUGGUUUGAAGGAAGGGAUGUUUAAACUAGCUCAUGUAGCCCAACAAUGGUCACUGUGAACCAUUUCAAAGAAUGUGGCGACUUGCUUGUGCCUAAGAGGAGGGAUUGGAAUCAGAAUGUGUAACUAAAUGGGACUGCAUAGGUUUUUGUUAAUUGACCUAUAGCUAAACCUUAAAAUGUUUGUAUGUUUUUUCAUUGCUUUCCAGCAUUUCAGGACAUCUAAAAGCUACUACCAACAUUUUCCUGUGCAUAACCUCUGCAUGUGAAAACCUAACAGUUACUGAACUUUGUAAAUACGUAAAUUUUUUUAUUUAGGCGUGGAUGCAUUUUUCGUCUGUUUACUGCUCUUCUCAGCUUUAUUCAAUAAACUUGCAUUUUGAGGGUUGCAUUGACAGUUUUACCUUAAAAUGUGCAUCCUGAUGAAAGGUGCAGCUCUUGGGAAUGGAGUGGAAAGAGAAUUACUUGUGAAGGGCUCCACAGACCACGUGCUGGAAAGAAGCUGUCGUCUCAGUUGUCAAAGGAUCUGGUUCGUGGGACGAACUAGGAAUAAACUUUUACAGUAUCUACGGAAUUGGUACUAUGAUCCCCUCCCUUGUUGAAAGAGGAUUCUAUUACUAAUAAACAGUAGUGGCAUUUGGUGGGUGAGCACUGAGGAUUGAGCCUCAUCAGUGCUAGGUAAGCACUCUGAUACCACCAAGCCAAUACCCUUUCUCUUCUACCCACAAAUUUAAGACUUUUCGGUGGUAGGGGCUAGUAAAGAAUUUUAUUAUUCGGUUUAUCUAAAAAACGUACGCUGCCAGGAAUUGAACCUAGGCUUUUGCGUAUUCUAGGAAUGCCCUCAACCACAGAGCUACAUCCCAGCUUUACAAUAAACAAACAAACAAACAAACAAACAAGCAAACAAAUAAAAUAAAAAUUGAAGAUCUAAUUAAGAAACUGAAAUUCCAAGACACAUCUACUUCAGAUUGCAAAUAUUUUCAUUCUCAUGGGAUGGCUUAAUGGGUGAAGCACUUACCUCCUAAACUGGAACUGGGAUCCCUGGCAGUAGAUGUUAGGCCUUUGUGGUAGCCUAACUGUAUCCUAGGACUGGAGAGGAGAAGAGUGUCCAUGUGUCCCUCUAGAUUAGUGGUAACAGUGAGAUCUGGGUCUGUCUGAGAGACACUGCCUCAAUAUAGAAGGUAGAACACUCUGGGCUCCAAGUGUGCAUACACUCCCGCACAAUAUACAUAUAUGUAUGGCAUACAAGCCAUACGUACACAUGAAAAAAUGAAAAUGCUGGUUUUUCUACAAGCCCUAUUUUUAGAGUAAGGUAUUUGGCCCAUGUUGCUAACAUGUUAUCUGAACUGUAAAAUAUAUUGAUUUUUUUUUUCUUUAAAAUGAGAGUUAUUGUAGAAAUGGUAAGUUAGGCUGUCAUUACUGUAUUACUAAUUGGGUGCAUGAUUUGGCAUAUCUACCACAAGAUUUUACUAUUUUAUGAAAUUGAUGUAACAAGGAAUGCGAGUCUGGAUGGGACUGGGGAAGACAUUCAAAGUACACAUUUAGCUUAGUUCAGAAAUGGAGAGUUUAUUAUUUUAAAAUGUUUUGUUUUGAGACAAGGCUUUGCUUUGUAAACCAGGCUGGACUCAAACUCACCAUCCUCCUUCCUUAAAUCCUGAGUGCUGUAAUGAUGGUAUGUGGCUAAAAUCACAGACUCCUAUGAUAUGUAAAUUGGAUGCUUUGGACGAUGGCUGUUUUAGUGUGCUUUAUUUUUGACUGAGAAAGUGAUUUCCUUUGGCAUCUAUAGUUGAAUCAGGUUGAUUUGGUAAUUACAGCCUCUCAGAAAGUCUAGAGGGUGGAAACUUAAAUGAGAUACAGAAGGUACCAAUCUGUAACAUCCUGUUGGCCAAGUGCUUUACUCUGAAAAUGUGCCACUAAGGGGAAACUAUCAUGUUUGUUGUCUAAAAUAUUUACAUUUUAUCGAAACCUGAAUGUCCUUCCUCCAACAGUGUACAUUUGAGUCAGGAGACUUGGGAAGAAAAAUAGUUGUGCAAAUAGUCACCUAAUAGUUUGCUGUUCUACAGUUCGACAGCCCACAGCAGGUAUUUCCUGUUGGUAAAAAAAACCUCCACAGAUUUCUGUUUAAAAUUGAGCUAUUAAUAAAAGUGGUGUCCUUGUCA